AUGCCGAGGCGCAGGGAGAACGUCGAAUGCGUCCAUUGUGGCCGCUUUCAUCCACAGUAUUACGGCGCAGCAUUGAAAAACCAUGCGAGAGUACAUCAAAACCGUCGGGAGGCUGCGCAAAGACAACGUGAACCCUCAACAGAAACAGAAGAUGACCUGAUAUCACUUCCACACGUUGCAGGCUUAGUUCGGCGUAUCCGGCGUCUAAAGCAAGAGCAACUGACCACUGAGAAUGUGGCACAAAGGUUGCUGAACAUAUGGGGCGAUGAUGACGGGAGACUGGCGUUGCUGCGCCGUCUAAUGGACCCAGAUCUUCCACCUGGGGCUCGGCUUCCAUCUGAGCAAGGAGCAAAUUCGCUAUUGGCAACUGCCAGAAACGUAGUCCUUACCUUAAUUGGCCCUCUGGUCCAAGCUGGGGUAAUGAUUCCUACUUAUUUCGAGCCUGGACCGUUGGAAGACCCUACAUGGCCUGAGGAAGAGCCGUGUCACUACCCUAUACACUCGUCCUUGACGAGAACAUCAAUUGGAUUGGCGCUCCUUCGAGAUGAUGCCCGCGCAGUUGAGAUGCUAGUCGCGCUCGGGAUGGAGCCAAACGGUAUGCUCUUCUGUGGGUACAGUAUUUUGGCCGUGGCCAUCUUAACAUCGGCGAGGGAGGCUCUGGACUACAUUUUAUCCCUCGGAAACAAGGUGAAAGUUGAUCAAAAGGCAAAUGCCUACGGCGAGCAGGAGGAGACGGCGAUAACGCUGGCAUGGAAGGUCGGGAACAUAGACCUUUUCAGGGAACUCUUAACCCAUCAUGGUGGAGUCCCAGGCCGAACCCUUUUUUGCAUCUGUGCCUAUGAACAACAUGAUGUGCUCGACGAGGUGCUUCAACUUGGUUUGGAUGGCGGAGAACUUCUUCGGGCGCAACAUCCGAUCAGCCAAGAGACCCCUCUUCACGCCGCCGUAUUGAACCCGGAUCACGCUGUCUUGGACACCGUAAUGCAAUUGGCCGUGCGGGUUGGUGACAGUGAGGGUGACACGUAUCCACAAUAUCUUCGCCUUCGAAAUAGCCAAGGCCAAACGGCACUGAUGUAUGCCAUCGAGAACCGGAGAUCCAGGAGCAUCAUAACCCUUCUCCAUGACCGAGAUACCGAUCUUAACGAGCGAGCGUGGGGCGGCCAGACCGCGCUAUGGUAUGCUGCUCGCACCAGAAAUCUCGGGCUAGUCGAUAUACUCCUUGCAGCUGAGUGCGAUACGGGCAACCCUCUUCCUCUUCAGUUUCCGACUAAAGGUACUCCGCUCAAUGCCUUGCUCUAUGCAUAUGAGGAUAUUCUGCACGAAUACACGCAGGAAACACUAAAAGGUGUAUAUGGAGCACACCGAAGAUUCAGUCAGGGGAAGGUGGAAAUUAUUGAGCUUGCUCGGACUUUACUUGCGUACGGUUGUCAAUCAAAUGUAGGGGAUGAUCGUUGGCGAAUUCCUAUGACCGAAAGACUACAACUAUUUCCAGAGUGGGGGGCAUUGUUCAUGUAG